UCCCAACGUCCUUGUCCUUCCGAGCGCACACCGACUGCCUUCACGCGAAAGGGGCUCGAGGAUCUCUGUCAUUCCCUUGAACUUUGCAUUUAAAAAACAAAGACAGUUUUUAGGACGCCAUGGCAGCCAGGUUCCUCCGCCGCUCCCUCCCCGUGCUGAGGCAGGCUCGCCGCUACGCCGAGGCCGCGUCCGCCGGCCCGCAGAUGUCCUUCACGUUCGCCUCCCCGACGCAGGUGUUUUUCAACGCGGCCAGCGUGAAGCAGGUGGACGUGCCCACGCUCACCGGGGCGUUCGGUAUCCUCCCCGCCCACGUGCCCACCCUGCAGGUGCUCAGGCCCGGCAUCGUGACGGUCUUCAGCGAUGACGGCACCGCGGCCAAAUUCUUCGUGAGCAGUGGGUCAAUAACAGUCAACGCUGAUUCUUCGGUGCAACUGCUCGUCGAGGAGGCUGCAUCUUUGGACCAGCUGGACAUCGCUGCUGCCAGGGCCAACCUGGAGAAGGCCCAGUCCGAGAUGGCGGGCGCGUCCGACGAGGCGGCGAGGGCGGCGGUCCAGAUCAGCAUCGAGGCCAACGAGGCGCUCGUCAAGGCCCUGGAGUGACCCUCCUCCGGGUUAUCCUUAUUGUUUCUUUGAUGGACACUAAUCCUCCAUCUGUGGUUCCAGCUCGGUCACGUCGGUGUCCGGAAGAUUCCAUUCUUGCUUUGUACAGUGGAUGAAUUACAAAAUAAAUUUAUUUGGAAAUAUC